AUGGCGGAACUGAUAGUGCCUCGUUUGUACAGUUGCUGUAAUUGUAGAAACCAUGUUUCACUCCACGAUGAUAUCAUUUCCAAGGCUUUUCAGGGAAAAAACGGGCGAGCCUUCCUGUUUUCCCAUGCCAUGAAUGUUAUCACUGGGCCAAAAGAAGACAGGCAUCUCUUAACUGGCCUCCACACCGUUGCUGAUGUUUACUGCGGUGAUUGCCGUGAAGUUCUGGGUUGGAAAUACGAAAGAGCUUAUGAUGCUUCUCAGAAGUACAAAGAAGGAAAAUUCAUCCUUGAAAAGUCAAAAAUUGUUAAGGAGAACUGGUAG